CUUUCAUGGCGUGCUCCUUCUAGAACACCUCGGCAGCUGUGAUAGGCACUGUAACUUUGAAUUCUGCCGCCUGUCACCUUUUGACCGCCUUUUUUUUUGUCUUUGAUCUGCCAUUCCGAUGAAUCAAUUCCCAUCGUUUAACUCUACUACCAUUUACUGUAACUAUCACCCACCGAACUAUAAAUCUAAUCCCCAACUUAAACCAACCAACAAAUAAACAAACAACCCAAACCGACCAUCCCAUCCAUCAAACCACCCACCAGCUCCCAACCCCCAAACAAACAAACAAAACAAAACCAAAAAAAACCACCGCAACAAUGUCCUCCUCCCGCGCCGAAAGCUACCAGAUCCCGACCUCGCAAGGCGGCGCCGGCGCGCGACCAGGCGGCGUCGACGUCGUCGACACCAGCGCGUCCUCGGGCGGCGGCGCGAGCAUGCACUACAUCUGCGGCGACUGCGGCACGAAGUUCCCCCUCAAGCGCAACGACCCCAUCCGCUGCAAGGAGUGCGGCUGCCGUGUUCUGUAUAAGGAGCGCACCAAGAGAAUGGUCCAGUUCGAGGCGCGAUGAAGAAAACAACCAAAAUCGUAUGGAUAAAUAAAUUGACGAAUCAGACGGUGGAAGCAGGAUGGGAAAUCUAUGGAGAUGCAACCCACAUGUCUGUUGAGGGGGGGUACUCGAUAUGAGUAAUGCGAUGCUGGGUAGCCUGCACAUCUUAGCGGGAGAUGAUAUGAUACUUUGACCAAGGGACUAUGUACCUGGAGGUCAGACAUGUGUGGAAAGUCUGCAUAGGGGCUUAGGAAUAUCCCGAGCAUGUCCUAGAAUCCUCACAAUUUCGCAUAAAAGGAACUUGGAGUUUGGGAGUUUACGAGUUUACCGAGCCUUGAGAAAACAU